AGAAGAAGAUAAACAGAGAGGUAGACGCCUCUUGCCUGUUUCUUUGCAUCGGCUACUAACAGGCAGCACAAAUCAUUCAUCGAGGAGUAGGGGAAAAAGGCCUCCCAAACGCUGCCCACCGAUGCAUGUGGACACCUUUGUGCCCCUUGUCCAUCGCACCACUACUAGUCUAUACCACACCGAGCCCAUAAAUAGCAACAUGUCAGUUUGCUUGCUCCCGCAUCCCCCACCUCGAAGCGAGCAAAGCAAUUUCCUCCUUGGGGCGCAUGCUCAUCCAUCCAUGCACGGGUGCCCUCUAGUCCCUCCCAGCCAGAGAGAAUCAUACGGCAGUCCGCAUAUGAUCCGUCCCACGGUGAUGUUUACACGAGAGGAGAUCUAGCUCUCUUGUGAUCGUUAUCGCUCCAUCGCAAGAUUCUCCAUCCAAACGCCAGCACCAAAACUCUCUUUAAAGCCAGGGAGCUUGGCUACGAGUUCCCCUAAACACUUCAGCUGCUGGAGCUAGCUAGCUAUCUCGCGUCCAUGGAGGCCGCGGCAGCCGUUGGGUCGUCGACCAACGUGUCUGCAUUCGAUGUGUCCAAGCAGCCGGACACGGCGAAGCUUGUCCUGAACAGCCCCAUGCCACCGAGCCUGCGUGAGGAGCUCACCGGCGUGGUCGGCAAGGCGUUCCGGACCCGGACCCCCACCGGCGGCCGGGCGCCGCGGUGGGCGUGGGCCCUGACAGCACUGCAGUGCGUUUUCCCGGUGCUGAAGUGGGGGAGGAGCUACAGCCUCAAGUCCUUCAGGAGCGACGUCAUGGCCGGCCUUACUCUUGCCAGCCUUGGCAUUCCACAGAGCAUUGGAUACGCCAAUCUAGCCAAAUUGGACCCUCAAUACGGUCUUUACACGAGUGUCGUGCCACCAUUGAUCUACGCUGUCAUGGGGACGUCGCGGGAGAUCGCCAUCGGCCCCGUCGCCGUCGUCUCGCUGCUGCUGUCGUCGAUGAUCCAGAAGAUCGUCGACCCGGCCACCGACCCGGCGACCUACAGAUCGCUCGUUUUCACCGUGACCUUCCUCGCCGGCGUCUUCCAGGUCUCCUUCGGGCUGUUCAGGCUGGGAUUUCUGGUGGAUUUUCUGUCGCACGCGGCCAUAGUGGGGUUCAUGGGAGGUGCCGCCAUUGUGAUAGGGCUGCAGCAGCUCAAGGGGCUGCUCGGCCUGAGCCAUUUCACGAACAACACUGACGUUGUUUCUGUCGUCAAGGCGGUGUGCUCUGCGCUCCGUGACCCGUGGCACCCGGGCAACUUCUUGAUCGGAUGCUCGUUCCUCAUAUUCAUCCUCACCUCACGGUUCAUCGGGAGGAGGUACAAGAAGCUCUUCUGGCUGUCUGCAAUUUCACCUUUGCUCUCAGUCAUUCUGUCCACUGCUGCGGUCUAUGCGACGAGAGCUGACAAGCACGGCGUGAAGAUCAUACAGAAUGUGCAUUCAGGCGUGAACCCAAGCUCAUUCAAGCAGAUAAAUUUGAAUGGACCGUACACUGCCGAAUGCGCCAAGAUCGCCAUCAUCUGUGCAAUCAUCGCACUUACGGAAGCCAUUGCUGUCGGACGAUCUUUCGCCUCGAUUAGAGGGUACAGACUUGAUGGAAACAAGGAAAUGCUUGCGAUGGGAUUUUCAAACGUUGCUGGAUCUCUGUCCUCAUGUUAUGUGGCAACAGGUUCAUUCUCCCGAACAGCUGUGAACUUCAGCGCAGGCGCCAGGUCAACGAUGUCAAACAUCGUCAUGUCCAUCACUGUCUUUAUCGCUUUAGAGCUGUUCAUGAAGUUACUUUACUACACACCCAUGGCAGUGCUUGCCUCAAUCAUUCUAUCGGCUCUUCCUGGACUGAUUGACAUCAAAGAAGCUCGCAACAUCUGGAAAGUAGACAAAAUGGAUUUCCUCACAUGCCUUGGCGCAUUCGUUGGUGUUCUCUUUGGCUCGGUGGAGAUUGGACUGGCAGUAGCACUUGCCAUCUCCUUUGCAAAGAUCAUCAUACAGUCACUUCGACCUCAAGUAGAGGUUCUUGGCAGGUUACAAGGGACAAACAUCUUCUGCAGCAUCAGGCAGUACCCUGUGGCUUGCCAAACACCGACUGUACAGACGAUACGCAUAGACACAUCCUUCCUGUGUUUCAUCAAUGCAACUUUCGUCAAAGAAAGGAUCAUAGAAUGGGUAUGGGAAGAAGUAGAGACGUCAGAUGAGAAGGCCAAGGAGAGGGUGCAAUCACUUGUCCUUGACAUGUCAAAUGUGGUAAGCAUCGACACUUCAGGACUCACAGCACUCGAAGAAAUACACAAGGAGUUGGCGUCCCUUGGCAUACAGAUGGCUAUAGCUAGUCCAGGAUGGCAGGCAAUUCAGAAGAUGAAACUGUCGCGGGUGGUCGACAGAGUAGGAGAAGAUUGGAUCUUCCUGACAGUAGGUGAAGCAGUGGAGGCCUGUCUAACCGCACAUAAGGGCACUUCUCUUGAGUGUUGAGUUGAGCGUGUAUUAAUUAGUAGGAAUAAUCCCAUACGUGAUGCGGCUUUGCAUCCUAUGAAGGUGACACGUCAAAAGCUUACAGCUCCCACAUGAUGAGCAGGAUACUUCCUAUGAUUAGUUUACUGUAGUUGUGUGGGAAAAAUCCUGUCGUCCAAAGGACAAUGUUUGGGCUACAAAGAUCCAUGUUUGGUGUUA